AUGCCCACGUCAUCAUCAGCGCAUCCGAAAGCGCGUCUCUCGUCGCUUGCCUGCAUGGAAUGCCGGAAACACCAUAUCAAAUGCGACGCUCAGAAACCCUCUUGCUCUCGAUGUGUAGCUGCUAAGAUCAAUUGCGUUUUUCUGCCUUCUCGUCGGGGUGCCAGACGCAGGCUCAAGAACACUACACGCUCGGUUACCGACGCAUGGAAUGAUACUAUCCCCUCGACUCCAAGUUAUCCUGAAGAUGGAAUCUUAUUCACGGGAGAGAAUGCCGUGCCCCAGUACCCUGACCCACACCACUUAAAUGGUCUUUUCCAUCAUGGAAGUUUGCCGGCGCCGAUUGUUCCUGAAGGUCGUCUCAUCCGCCUUUAUUAUGAGAACCUCCACUCGGCUCACCCAAUUCUCGUCCCUGCUUCUCUUUUCGAGAGGUGGGAGUAUCCUUCGUUUUUGUGUCAGGUUGUCAAUUUCAUCGGGAGCCAAUACUCGGUGGUGCUCAGCAAUGACAUCUUCCACGAAUCCACUCGGUCGAUGUUGAACGAAACCGCUGAGAGGACGCCUCAUAUGGUCCAAGCUCUACUUUUAUGUUCUAUCAUCAUGCGGGCUCGGAACGAUAUAUCCCAAGCCAAGUCUUCUCUUUCUCGGGCGAUUGACAUUGCGCUAGAGCUCGGAAUGCACCAAGAGAACUUUGCCACAAAAUUCUCUGGUGGCAGAGAAUACGAGGCAGAGAGCCUGCGACGAACAUGGUGGGAACUCUUCGGUUGGGAAGUCUACAUGGCCGCUUUGCAUGCAAAGAGCAACUUGCGAUGUACGGAUGCUUUUUCCAUUGUUGGGUUGCCAUGUGAAGAGUCAAUCUACGCAUCUCUUCGCUCUAUUCCCGAACCAACAUCUCUAGCCUCUUUCAGGGCAAGAAUAUUUGCAGAAGACGAGGACAUUGCCCCUUUCUCUUCCUUUGCCUACCGCAUUGAAGCAGUGCGUAUCCUGGCCAGGGUUUUAGUCCUCAACAGCUUACCCGAGACUCAACAUGAUCACUUGCAAGCCGUCGCAAACACUCUUGUCAGUUAG